UAAUAAUUUCAAUUAAAUAUAGACUGAAAUGAAGGCCAAAUAUGAUAUAAAUUGUUUGCAUUUCAACAAACUAUCGAUUAGUAGUAGUAGUAAUAGUAGUAGUAAUUCACCGAAAAUUUACGGCAAUUCCGGGUCGGCAUCGAUGGACACUACGGGCAGCGGCGGMGGCGGUGUCGGCAGUGGUAGCUCCGGGAGUCGCGGCGGCAGCGGUGGCGGUAGURGUGGACAAGUAUUGCCGCGCAUAGACUUCCCGUCAAACAAAUUUGAACGCUAUAUGAAUAUGAAUAAUAAUAAUAAUAAUAAUAAUAAUAAUAGUAACGAUAGGUACUAUAAAUCACCAUCAUCAAAAUAUCAUAAAUAA